AUGAUUUCUGAAGGUGCUGCUACUACGUUGGCUACGAUUGCCACGGUGUGCUGGUGUGUCCAGCUUAUUCCACAGAUCAUCUACAACUGGAGACGGAAGGACUGUACUGGUCUGCCACCGCUAAUGAUGUUCUUGUGGGUUGUCUCCGGUAUCCCCUUUGCCAUAUACUUCUGUGUUAGUAAGGGUAAUGUGGUGUUGCAAAUCCAGCCCCACUUGUUCAUGUUUUUCUGCGGUAUCUCGUUUGUGCAGAGUUGCUACUACCCGCCAUGCAGUCUUGCUGUGCGUAAGAUUGUUGCCAUUGUGGUUGGGAUCAUCGUUGUUGACAUCGGCAUGGAGGUUGGCUUCAUCCUGUGGCUACGUCCUUUGUACUCCAGAGGUAUUACUUGGCCCGACCUAAUUUUCGGUAUUAUUGCUACCGUUCUGCUGGCUAUCGGCCUUCUACCUCCAUACUUUGAAUUAGCCAAGAGAAAUGGUCGUGUGGUUGGUAUCAAUUUCAUCUUCUUGUUCAUUGACUCCCUAGGUGCUUGGCUGUCUAUCAUCAGUGUUGUGGUUGGUAACAUGGACACGAUGGGUAUCAUCUUGUACUCCGUGAUUGCUGGGUUGGAAUUGGGUAUCUUCUUGUCACACUUCAUCUGGUGUUGCAGAUUUAAGUGGUUCGGCAACCACGAUCCAGAAGAGACUGACGCUGUCAGCGAGGAGAAAUCAGUCAAGGAUACCCAAUACGACGAGAAGGAUGGUUCAUUGUCCAAGAAUAAGAUGGGCCACGAUGCAAUGUUCUCAAAAACAGAAGAAGUUAACGAAACAGACGAACCAAGAGAUGAUGUUUCCAGCUUCGACUACGAUCUAGAAAGAAGACCAUCGCACAUGGAAAGAUUCUCACAGAAAGUACACGCCGUGCACGGUGUAGUUAUGCAAAGACCAGAGCAAGUGUAUCACAAUGUUGAACUCUAA